AUGUUCAGAUGGGCUGGAUCUGGCCUUCAAGCCAUUGAAGUACCGGUUGAAGUAUUAACAGUAAUUUCAAAUACAACUGAAGCAAGCAGUUCAACAAAUGUUCAGAACAAAGUGUCAGCUGAUAGUAGUAGUAAUAGUAGUAGUAAUGUGUUAACAACCAAUGCCAUUGAGGAAACGCCUAAUUUGUUGUCAUCAGUUAGUGUUCAAAGUGAUGUAACUGUUACCGAAACGCAACGAGAAAGUGACUGUCCCGUAUUAUCGGACUCUGUUCAGAUUUCUACAAUAUCCACAGUUCUGCAGAACUUUGUUUUGGACAAUAAAUCUGUUUUAGAUAACAAAUCAAAGAACGCGGAUCCAGAGAAUCCCGAUACAAACAAAAAUGCAGAAAAAAUCACCAAUGAAUCACCGAAACAAGUCGAAUCACCCAACGAAAAUUCUAGCGCUGAUAACGAAACUUCAAGUAUGGAUGAACUACCUACUCUUGAAGAUAUACUUGUUGGAAAUUCAAAAAAGAAAGAUAAUUAUACUAUCGGAAGAAAGAAUGGACCGUCUAAUCAAGAAGAUCCGAAUGAAGAUUGGUGUGCUGUUUGUCACGAUGGUGGAGUUCUUUUGUGUUGUGGAAACUGUCCACGUGUAUUCCAUUUAUUCUGUCAUGUCCCGCCUUUGAAUUCUACUCCUAGUGAAGAUUGGAAAUGUUUAAUGUGUAUGGAUGUCGUCAAUUCUCCCGUUCCGGAUGAUAAUAAUGGAACAAAAAGAAAAAAUUCGGUUGGACUCUGUGGAAGGGAACUUUUGAUAUGCGAAAGAAUUCUUUUAGAAUUAUUAUGCCACGAAUCUAGUCCUCCAUUUCACGAACCGAUUUCUCGAGAAGUACCUAACUAUUACAAAGUUAUUACAAAACCGAUGGACAUGUCUACUGUCAGAAGUAAAUUAGCACCAAGUCAUUUUAACCAUUAUCGAGAUGUGGAAGAGUUUUUGGCUGACGUAAGACUCAUCUUCAGAAAUUGCUACACGUUCAACCAAAAAGAUUCCGAAUUGUACGACAUUGCAAAAUUCUUAGAAGAAUUUUUUGAUGAAUUACUGAAUAAGUAUCUUCCAGAACAUGCAUACGAUGUUACUGUUGGUUCACAGGGUAGUAGUGUUAUGGCUUCCGAAGACGAAGAAUACAAAAAUAAACGUCAACGUAAAGAUAUAGAAGAUGACGAUAAUAUCUAGAUUUUUUUAAAAAAUCUGUGUUUUUUAAUCAUCGUGCGAAUGGAUGAAGUCUUAUUACUACUAAUCUGAAACUUAUCAGAAACUCAUUUGGAAAUAUUAUAAUUGUGAUAGGUAGAAUGUAUUUGUUUUUGUCAUAUGUAACUUAAAAU